AUGAAGCUGUCCAAUCGUUUCCUGAACAAAGAUUUGGUCCUUUUGACAGGUGCCAGUGAGGCCCAGCUGAGGGACAGCAGAGGUCAAAGUCUGGACCUCCUCCGCUUGCUGGCCGAUAAGCCAUGGAUCGGCCUAGGCCCUCACAACCGCUGGGAUAGGGCACCUCGCAUCGACAUGGAUUUGGGCAACACCGGUAUAGGACCUCGCCUCCCACCGAUACAAGUCUCUGACGAUAGGAACUAUCUUGAUGAUGAAAUCAGGGGCGGCUCAGAGAAGCGGUCAGCGGUGGCGACAGUGCUGAACUCGGGGCGCCGGAGACGGCAGCCGACGCCGGCGCUCGGUAAGGCAGUCACGCCGUAUGUCGGCGUCGGAGUGCUAAACGACAUGGGCUCAUUCUUCGACUCGCUGCGAGACAAUCUGGAGACGCUGGUCUCCCUGUCGCCCCAGGAGCGCUCCACCCUGUUCCAGGAUCCGCCUUCCGUGGUGCCAGCACCGGCUUCUAACACUGGUGGCGGCGGCAGCGGCAUCAGGAAGUUGUACGCUCUUCGACCUCUGAGACCCACUGGCAACAUCAGAUCUUACAACCGCAGAUCUCUCGUGGAGGCGGACGGCGGGUACCCGGGUGCCAACCAUCACGACCCUGGCCUGCUGUGGACCGGACUCGGCCGGUAGACGACCCACUCACUCACACGACCACUCACUCACACUCGCCGACACUCACUCACACACACACUCGGACACUCACCCACAUAUCAGUAACUCACAAU